AUGUCCAGAUUAGCUCCUCGAUUGCCAAUCCCUCCUUUAGAAUCAAGCUUAGAAAAAUAUUUAAAAUCUUUGGAACCUUUUAUAGACGACGAUAACCACGUCAGGUCUCAUCUCCGCGCUAUCGCUGACGAUUUCAGAGAUGGCCUUGGGAAGAAGUUACAGACGAGGCUUAAAGACGUUGACAGAGUUUCCCCUACAAAUUGGCUCGAUGAUCGUUGGUGGAUUAAACUGGCCUAUCACACCAAUAGGGCUCCCUUGCUCAUAAACUCAAAUUGGUGGCUCUUAUACAAAGAUGAUCCAUCCACCCCCAACGACCUCAAAAUGACUAAAGAUAGCCGUGGUUUCACAAAUUGGCAGAUUCUUAGAGCUGCGUGGCUGACGAGAGGAUUGUUGCACAUAAAACAGCUCCUCGACAAAGGCGAACAGCUCCCAGACUUAUCUAAAGCUGCUCGAUGGUUCGGUCCUCGUGCUAACAAGCUGUUUGGUAUGACACGCUUACCUCAGUACGACUGUGAUCACUUGACACACGUACCCUUGCCCAAUCUCACAAAGCACAUUGUCGUGUUUGCUAAGAGUCAGGCGUUUAAGGUGGACGUAAUAGAUGCAGAAGGUGGUAUAUUUGGUUGGGAUACCAUUGCCAAGUCUUUCAGUGGUAUUACAGAGAGUCUCAGCAACGAUCUCGACUCACCUGUAGGUGUCAUGACGGCGGUUGAUAGGGAUACAUGGACUAGAAAUCGUGAACAUCUCAAGAUAAUAUCGCAAAAAAAUGAGCUUACUUUGUCUGCUAUCGAAUCAGCACUGUUUACGGUCUGUUUAGACGAUUACACUCUCCCUCCUCGCAGUAAGGAGCAGGACGUGUUAGAUGGCCAUAUGAUUAAUAUAGCUGGUGGAAUAAACGGCAAAAAUAGAUGGUUUGACAAGUCAAUGAGUCUUAUUGUCGAAAAUAAUGGCAGAGCAGGUAUGAACGGUGAACACUCAUUCGUUGAAGCCCUGGUGCCAUCGAUAGUAGCUGAUUAUACGCUUUAUGAAGAUAUGCCAGUGAAUGCUUCAAUUGCUUCUCAGCAACAAUCUUGUCGCUCUGAAAGGCUUCGGUGGGUUUUAGAUGAUCACAUUAUCAGUGAAAUCAAGAGUGCAAAUUCAGUAGCUGAGCGUAUACUGAAUGAUUCAGAGCCUUCAGAGUUACUUUUCAGCGAAUUCGGUGUGGAUUGGAUGAAGGAAGUUGCCGGUCUCGCGCCAGAUGCGUUCAUACAAAUGGCGCUGCAAUUAGCAUGGUUCAAGAACCAAGGAUACUUUACAGCGACGUAUGAGACUGCGUCCACUAGAAUUUUCGAUAAUGGCAGGACAGAUACGCUUCGAACUCUAACAAGCGAGUCGAAGCGCUUCGUAAAGACAAUGAUGUCGAAAGAUGUCAAUGAUUCUGCCAAGUACGACAGCUUACUGCAAGCUACAAAAACACAUGCUAAGAAUAUGCGGGAUGCAACCACCGGCAAGGCUUUUGAUAGACACCUGCUGGGAUUGAGGAUGUUGCUGCGGCCUGGAGAAAGCCAUGAGUUGUUCGACAACAAGUAUAAUGCGAUGAGCUCGGAAUGGAAACUUAGCACAAGUGGACUAAGCGCUGGACCUCGUUUUAAUGGAACUGGCUUUGGUACUGUCUAUCCAGAUGGAUAUGGUAUUAAUUACAUGGCGGGGCCCUCCGAACUUAAAUUUGGUAUAGAAAGCAAAUUACACUGCUCAGCGACGUCAACGUACGGAUUCAAGCGUGAUUUGCUUUCGUCUCUCCAAGAAAUGCGACACGUUUGUGAAACACAGCAAAAAACCCUGAAAGCUAGAUUAUAG